GAAAAGAUAAAAGUCGUCGACGGGACGCGGUCUUCGCGUCCUUCUGCCUUCACGGCAACGAUGGUGAUGAUGAGUGUCGUCUCUACGACAGCAGGCGCUUCAGAAUCUCUCCACGUAUAUAAACACUUGUCCCUCAUUCCAUUCUCCACUCUGGAUCUUGCUUUGAAACUCUCGUUGCUUAUCAGGGAUAAGUCUCCAUCAAAGGAACCAUGACCGGAAGAGAAAUUCUACAUAAGAUGAAGGAAAAAGCAGGUUUUAGUUCAUCUGCAACAGAUACAGGGAAAGGCAAAAGCAAGAUGUCUGGCAAGCACAUCACACAUGGUUUCCACUUGGUUAAGGGAAAAUCCCAUCAUCCCAUGGAAGACUAUGUUGUUGCAGAGUUUAAGAAAGUUAAUGACAAUGAAUUGGGGUUAUUCGCUAUAUUUGAUGGCCAUAUGGGGCAUGAUGUUCCAGACUACUUGCGUUCUCACCUUUUUAACAAUAUUCUAGAUGAGCCUGGCUUCUGGACUGAAACAGAGGCUGCAAUCAAGAAAGCAUAUUCCAUUACUGAUUCUAUUAUUUUGGAGAAAUCAGUUGAUUUGGGGAGAGGAGGUUCAACUGCAGUUACUGCAAUCUUGAUUAAUGGUGAGAAACUGGUAGUAGCAAAUAUUGGAGAUUCUCGAGCUGUUAUUUGCAAGAAUGGUGUGGCCAAACAGCUUUCAGUUGAUCAUGAACCAAGUAAAGAGCGGGAAAGCAUAGAGAGCAGAGGGGGUUUUGUAUCAAAUCUUCCAGGGGACGUCCCACGAGUUGAUGGGCAGUUAGCGGUGGCUAGGGCAUUUGGGGAUAAAAGCUUGAAAGGACACCUCAGUUCAGAACCAGAUGUAGUGACAGAAAUGAUAGAUGAUGAAGCAGAGUUUGCCAUCUUGGCAAGCGAUGGGUUAUGGAAGGUGAUGUCAAACCAAGAAUCUGUGGACGCUAUCAGACAGAUAAAGGAUGCUCAAUCAGCUGCCAAGCACCUCACAGAGGAGGCUCUUUCUAGGAAAAGCAAGGAUGACAUUUCCUGCAUAGUUGUGAGGUUCCAUUGACCCUCCUUUUGGCUAGAAGUUCUUCGAUUUUGUUCGACAGAAGUCACAACACUGUACUUAGCUGAUGUGUCUGUAUUUUAGAAAUAAGGAACCACAUUACUCCUGUUCUUUGUCCCUAUAAAUUUGUAAAGGCUUCUUUCUAUUAUUGUUUCUAUUGUUUGUAAUAGUUGUUGUAGAUGUACACCCAUUGAAAAUACAACUGAUUGAAUGAACAUACUGUGUCAGCAUUCCGGUCCCUGUUUACUUCUUUCUUUUGAUCAAAUUCAAAGUUGAUACAAUGAUACUUAAGGUCAAGGUUUCUUUCUUGUUUCCUUUUUUUUCAUGAGUGAACAGGCAGUCUAUUGGAGAAUGCAGAUGUAAUUAUGUAAAUUAUGAAUCUAAGAGCAAUAUUUGAUUUA